GUGUUUUACACCGGCUUGUCUAAUGACAUAGGUGCAUGAAAUCGCUACCCUCCGGUUUAUUUGCAAUAUUUCUAUAUUAGAAAGCUCGUUGCAUUUCAGCUGCUUUACCGUACUAUUAGGUGAACAGUGUAGCACUGGCACUAGAAGAAUAAGUUUAGCGUUAUGAUAAGAGAGGGCUUUUUAUGAUCUGGAGGUGAUGGAGGGGUUGCAUUCAGUUUGGGGUGGAGAGCAAGAGAGAUCGGAUUGCAAUGAGAUAAUAAGCGAUAUUUUGUGCUAUCGAGCUAGGCUGGAAAAACAAGCCAAAUAGCGUCUUUCGUUUUAAUUGUGCAGUCUUCUUGCAAGCAAAUGUAAUUUAACUGGGAAGAGCGGUGACGUUUAGAGACUGAUAGGAAAUAACGGGAUUUGGACGGUGAAAGCCCGCAGUUGGUCUUCAGGCGGGAUUGUCAUAUUUAAGGAGAAAGAUCUAGGGUUUGAAAGAGUUUUGAAGUGCAAAGAAACUUUUUCCCACUGUUUUACGGCCCAUGUGAUGUGCUGCAGAGAGAGAAAAACAUUAGACCCAGCGUGGAUUUGCGACUGGGUUGAAGAUGCGCUACCUGAAUUUCUCCGACGGAUGAAGGCGCGCUAGAGAGAGUCUGCCUCGCUUUCCUUAGAAAAAUCAUACCGGAGUUGAGGCAGAAAAAAGGCAACGGAGAUCCGACUUUGUGUUUCAAAGGAUUAACAUCUUUUCAUCCUGUUUUUUUGGGGGAUGCGAUCAUGCUAACCCCCGCGGGGUGACUAACUGGGGGAUCAUCAUGGACUGAAAUAAGAGGGAGCAUUUUUCCUUCUUGAAUCCCAUGUCACCUUGCUGAUCGGUUUUCUUGGGACUAAUCCUUCUUUUUCCUCUUCUCCCCGUCUGCUCCUCUCCUGGCAGAAUGGCCCGAUUUGGAGACGACGUCCCUGGCUUGCUGGGACCCGGGGAAGGGGGAUCCGAGCGCAACAGGAACCGCGAAGGAGCUGCGGUGUCUACAGGUGGUGUUUCACCGGCGUUUAAGCAAACUAAAGCGCAGAGAGCCCGCACCAUGGCCCUGUACAACCCCAUUCCCGUAAGACAAAACUGUUUCACCGUCAACCGAUCGCUCUUCAUCUUCGGAGAAGACAACGUUAUUCGAAAAUACGCAAAGAAGAUCAUUGAGUGGCCUCCGUUUGAGUACAUGAUCCUGUCCACCAUCAUCGCCAACUGCAUCGUCUUGGCUCUGGAGCAGCAUCUGCCUGCUGAUGACAAGACGCCCAUGUCAAAGAAACUGGAGAAAACAGAGCCUUACUUCAUUGGGAUAUUUUGUUUUGAAGCUGGGAUUAAAAUCGUGGCCUUGGGGUUUGUGUUCCACAAAGGCUCGUACCUGAGAAACGGCUGGAACGUCAUGGACUUCAUCGUGGUGCUGAGCGGGAUUCUUGCCGCAGCUGGAGCUCACAUGAACAUCCCUGUUGAUCUGCGGACGCUGAGGGCCGUGCGUGUACUGAGGCCCCUCAAACUGGUCUCUGGCAUUCCCAGCCUUCAGAUAGUCCUGAAGUCCAUCAUGAAGGCCAUGGUGCCCUUGCUGCAAAUCGGCCUGCUGCUCUUCUUCGCCAUCCUCAUGUUCGCCAUCAUCGGCCUGGAGUUCUACAGUGGGAAACUGCAUUUCACCUGCGUGGUCUUGGAAAAUGUCACCAGAAACGAAACGCUGGAGUUUGAGUUCCCGUGCGGGGAGAGGAAAUGUCCCGAAAGCUAUACCUGCACUGGACCCUGGAUCGGGCCCAAUGAUGGCAUCACCCAGUUCGACAACAUCUUGUUCUCUGUGUUGACGGUCUUCCAGUGCAUCACCAUGGAGGGGUGGACCAACGUGCUCUACAACACCAAUGAUGCCUUAGGCCCUACAUGGAAUUGGCUUUAUUUUAUCCCUCUAAUAAUAAUUGGAUCCUUUUUUGUGCUGAACCUGGUGUUGGGAGUUCUCUCAGGGGAGUUUGCCAAAGAGAGGGAGCGGGUGGAGAACCGGAGGGCCUUCAUGAAGCUUAGGAGACAGCAGCAGAUCGAGAGGGAGCUGAAUGGGUACCGAGCGUGGAUCGACCGGGCAGAGGAGGUGAUGCUGGCAGAAGAGAAUAAAAACUCUGGAACAUCAGCUCUGGACGUGCUCAAACGGGCCACCAUCAAGAGAGGUCGUCUAGAUGCUGUCAGACAUGGGCCGGGGGAGGACCAAUAUGUUGACAUCUCCUCUGUGGGUGGACCUUUGGCCAGGGCUAGCAUCAGGAGUGUGGGACGGGGUCCCACCGCCUAUGUCCGGCGGAAGGAACGCAUGCUACGCAUCUCCGUCCGCCGCAUGGUCAAGACGCACACCUUCUACUGGACCGUGCUGGGCCUGGUUGCCCUCAACACUCUCUGCGUAGCCAUCGUGCAUCACAACCAACCCCAGUGGCUCUCCACCCUCCUCUACUAUGCAGAGUUCCUCUUCUUGGGUCUGUUCCUAAUGGAGAUGUUCUUAAAGAUGUAUGGUCUUGGACCCAGGCUCUACUUCCACUCAUCCUUCAACUGUUUUGACUGUGGAGUCAUUGUAGGAAGCAUUUUUGAGGUACUGUGGGGAUUCUUCCGGCCUGGAACGUCGUUUGGGAUCAGUGUUCUGCGGGCUCUACGUUUGCUUAGGAUAUUCAAGAUCACCAAGUACUGGGCAUCUCUGAGGAACCUGGUGGUGUCGUUGAUGAACUCCAUGAAGUCCAUCAUCAGCCUGCUCUUCCUGCUCUUCCUCUUCAUUGUGGUCUUCGCUUUGCUGGGCAUGCAGCUGUUUGGGGGCAGGUUCAUCUUUGAAGAUUACACCCCAACCCAUUUUGAUACUUUCCCAGCUGCCAUCAUGACAGUGUUUCAGAUACUUACUGGGGAGGACUGGAACGAGGUGAUGUACAACGGGAUUCGCUCCCAGGGCGGUGUGAAGACAGGAAUGUGGUCCUCCAUAUACUUCAUUGUGCUCACGCUGUUUGGGAACUAUACGCUUCUUAACGUCUUCUUGGCCAUUGCUGUUGACAACCUGGCCAACGCUCAGGAACUUACCAAGGAUGAAGAGGAGGAGGAAGAGGCCUUUAAUCAAAAACACGCCCUACAGAAAGCGAAGGAGGUCGGCCCCAUGUCCUCCUUCAUGUCAUCAGACAGGAGGAGGCCCUAUCUGUACAGAAAGCGAGCCAUACACAGGAGCAGGCCGGCCUACGUUAUGGAGGCCGCGGCGGAGAGCCUGUCGCGUGGCCCCCGGGGCCAGUCCUUCAAUGCCUCUAACUCUUUCAUGUCCAGGAGGGAGAGGAGAAGGCGCAUGACCAUGUCCGUGUGGGAACAGAGGACCAGCCAGCUACGGAGGCAUCGGCAGAUGUCGAAUCGAGAGGUGCUCUACGGCACCCCCAAAGAGGACCAGGACACGUCCCCGGGCUGCCCCCAUCACAAUAACCCCACACCCAUGGGCAGCCUGCAUGGCUCUCAGGAGCCCCCCAGGUCCGUGGCGCUGAAGGGGCCCGAGCCCCCCAUGCCCAGCGACGUGCCCUCAACCGAGGACCCGACUGCCGUGACCAUGCUGUUGCCGGACUCACCCCUGCCUGUGGAAGUCACCCUUCCCGUGCCCGCGGAGUCGGACUUGGCACAGCUGCCGGCGCCGGACGGGAAGGUGGGGAAUCACUGCCACGCACCGCUGGACGUUCACCGGAGCCCCCGGCUGAAUGGCGAGAGGAGGCAGCGAGUGGCCCGCAAGAUUCGACCCCCCCUAGGGGACACGCUGUCCCCGGACUCGUGCGUCCGCCCCAGGAGGCACCGGCACCGGGAGGCACAAGCUGGCACCGAGAAGCCCUCUCCCCACAGCGAGGAACGGAGCGAUGCUGGCGACACGGAAGAGGAGGACUGGAAAGCGGCCAGUGAUGGGGGCACCAGGCAGCAAGAAAGAGGAGAGUCUGAAAAUGGAUUGAAUAGUCUGGAGUCCCCAGGUUGCCGUGAUUCCCUCAAACCCAAGCCCAACCUGAACAACUCCCCGGGUCACAAUGGCGAAGCAGCUAGGGACCUGGCCACAGGGCACACGGACCUGCAGAUCCCCAGGGAUACUGUCAAGAAGGAGGGCCAAGCUGAAGCUGAGAACAGCCUGAACCAGGAGAAGUCACCACUGAACACGAGCGUGGUGAUCGAGGUGACCGACGUUCAGCCAGCCCUGGAGCUGACCCCUAUCGCAGUGAACAGUAAAGAUGUGGAGACUGCCAAAUCUGAGAAGGAGGACGAGGAGGGCUCCAGCCCGCCCAAGUCUGCCCCACCCAACAGCAUGUUCAUCUUUAAACCCGAUAACCCAGUUCGGACAGCAUGUCACUACGUGGUGAACCUGCGCUAUUUUGAGAUGUGCAUCCUGGCGGUGAUCGCGGCCAGCAGCAUCGCCCUGGCUGCCGAAGACCCCGUGCACACCAACUCCGACUGGAACAAGGUCUUGCGCUACUUUGACUAUGUUUUUACUGGGGUCUUCACCUUUGAGAUGAUAAUUAAGAUGAUCGACCAAGGCUUGAUCCUACAUGAAGGCUCCUACUUCCGUGAUUUGUGGAACAUCCUGGACUUCAUUGUGGUGGUCGGAGCUCUGAUUGCUUUUGCUCUAACGAACGUGAUUGGGAAUAGCAAAGGUCGGGACAUCAAGACUAUAAAGUCUCUUCGUGUCCUCCGUGUCCUCCGGCCUCUAAAGACCAUAAAGCGACUUCCCAAACUUAAGGCAGUGUUUGACUGUGUGGUGAACUCCCUCAAGAACGUCUUCAACAUCCUCAUUGUCUACAAGCUCUUCAUGUUCAUCUUUGCCGUCAUUGCAGUGCAGCUUUUCAAGGGGAAGUUCUUCUAUUGCACAGAUGGGUCUAAGGACACACAGAAAGACUGCCAGGGCUUCUAUAUUGACUAUGAGAAGGAUAAGAAGCAGGUAAAGGAAAGGGAAUGGAAAAGACAUGAUUUCCACUAUGACAACAUCAUCUGGGCCCUUCUCACCCUGUUUACCGUGUCAACUGGGGAAGGCUGGCCGCAGGUCCUGCAGCACUCUAUAGAUGUGACGGAGGAAGACCGGGGUCCCAGCCGGGGAAAUCGCAUGGAAAUGUCCAUCUUCUACGUCAUCUAUUUUGUGGUCUUCCCAUUCUUCUUCGUCAACAUCUUUGUGGCCCUCAUCAUAAUCACCUUCCAAGAGCAAGGGGACAAGAUGAUGGAGGAGUGCAGUUUAGAGAAGAAUGAGAGGGCUUGCAUAGACUUCGCCAUUAGUGCCAAGCCGCUGACUCGCUAUAUGCCUCAGAACAGGCAUAGUUUCCAGUACAGACUGUGGCACUUUGUAGUCUCCCCGUCUUUUGAGUACACCGUGCUGACCAUGAUCGCUCUCAACACGGUCGUCCUGAUGAUGAAGUACUAUUUGGCACCGACGAAUUACGAAGCUGCGCUGAAGCACCUCAACACAGCCUUCACUAUGCUCUUCUCCCUGGAGUGCAUCCUGAAGAUUCUGGCCUUUGGCUUUGUGAAUUACUUUCGAGACACAUGGAACAUAUUUGACUUUAUUACUGUACUUGGCAGCAUUACGGAAAUAGUGGUUGAUUGGCUGUCGCUGAAAAUGUUCAACAUGAGCUUCCUGAAGCUCUUCCGGGCAGCCCGGCUAAUCAAGCUACUGAGACAGGGCUACACCAUACGCAUCCUGCUAUGGACGUUCGUUCAGUCGUUCAAGGCUCUUCCCUACGUCUGCCUGCUCAUUGCCAUGCUGUUCUUUAUAUAUGCAAUUAUUGGAAUGCAGGUGUUUGGAAACAUCAAGCUGAGAGACGACCGUACCAUCAACAGGCACAACAAUUUCAAGACCUUCUUCGGUGCACUGAUGCUGUUGUUCAGGAGUGCAACUGGGGAAUCUUGGCAGGAGAUCAUGUUGUCCUGUUUGGGUGGUCAAGAAUGUGAGGCAGACAGCACGAUUCAGUCAAGUCUCAAUGCUUCUGGCACAUCUGAAGCUCCUGACCAUAACACGGGUUGCGGCACAGAAUUUGCCUACUUCUACUUUGUUUCCUUCAUCUUCUUCAGCUCGUUCCUGAUGCUGAAUCUCUUCGUGGCUGUGAUCAUGGACAACUUUGAGUACCUGACCCGUGACUCCUCCAUCCUGGGUCCACAUCACCUGGACGAGUUUGUGCGCAUUUGGGGAGAGUACGACCGUGCAGCAUGUGGGCGCAUUCAUUACACUGACAUGUAUGAGAUGCUGACCAACAUGUCGCCCCCGCUAGGCCUCGGCAAGAAAUGUCCUUCCAAAGUGGCUUAUAAGCGGCUGAUGCUCAUGAACAUGCCAGUGGACGAGGAAUUGUCGGUCCAUUUCACCUCCACCUUGAUGGCUCUCAUCCGGACCGCCUUGAAGAUCAAAAUAGCUAUAGGAGAUGAGGACCGUGGCCAAAUGGACGUUGAGCUGCAGAAGGAGAUCAGUGUUAUUUGGCCACAUCUUUCCCAGAAGACCUUGGACCUGCUUGUUCCUAUACAUAAAGCCAGCGACAUGACAGUUGGAAAGAUCUAUGCGGCCAUGAUGAUUAUGGACUACUACAAGCAGAGCAAAGCCAAGAAGCUGAGGCAGCAGUUGGAAGAACAGAAACAUGCUCCAAUGUUCCAGCGUAUGGACGCAUCCUCACUUCCUCAGGACAUCCUCACCAGUGCCAAAGCUCUGCCUUUCAUAUCGCACAAUGCUGGAUCAGCCCUGACCAGAGGCGGCUUUGUGGCCCUCAGCCCAAUCUCCCCUCAGGAAAUGUUCGUGCAGCCCAGGACACCCGAGGUGGAAGACAAGGGUGACUUCCACCAUCACCAGCACCACUACUCUCUGGUGCCGGAGUGCAAAGAGAUUAACCACUUCCUUUGCCCCAGGAUCAGACAGGGUGCUCCUCUUGAAGUACCGGGGAGGGGAGUAUCUAUCCGUGCCUCCUCGAUGCCCCGACUUGCGGUAGAACCACAGCAGCUGGGGACAGAGCGUGGCUCCAUGAAGCGCUCAUUUUCCACGGUCGGUGACCAGUGUGCAAAUGGGUUGUGGCAGGAUGAGUACUCGCUGGAACGGGUCAGCCCUGACCGCCUCUACAGACCGCGGCAAAGGAACUACAGGGGAGCCGACCACCAGCAACACGGAGGCAAGGAACGGGGGCGGUCUAAGGAGCGGCGCCACCUGCUGUCCCCAGACACAUCGCGCUGCAACUCAGAGGAGAGGAGCCAGCACCAGUCACGGGAGCGCAGCCAAUCACGAUCGCGCAGCCAAUCACGGUCGCCCAGCGAGGGUCGGGCUGGCGUCCUGCACAGACAGGCGAACAGUUCGGACAACUUGGUUCCCGAUUCAGGCACCCCGCGUAGCAGACGCCAGCUGCCCCAGACGCCCUCGCAGCCACGCCCCCACAUCUCGUACUCCCCUCUGGUGUGUCGUGCCCACCUCUGCAUGCCCUCAGACAACGGGAACAGUCCACGGACCCAUGAAGGUGGGGAGAGCGAGGACCUCUCCUGGCAGAUGAGAGGGGCAGCCUCUGGGGCUUGCCAGGGGGAAGGGGGGAGUCACCUCUCAACCCCCCACCGCUACAUCUCUGAGCCGUACCUGCCGCUGCACGAGGAGUACAACAGCCCGGACUCCAGUGGGCUUGAGGAGACUCUCACUUUCGAAGCUGCAAUGGCGACAAGUUUGGGACGUUCCAACACCAUCAGCUCGGCGCCGCCGCUCCGGCACACGUGGCAGGUCCACAAUGGGCAUUUUCAGAAACGCCUGGGUCAGUCCGGCUCUGCUGGCUGCCAGCCGGUUAGCGAUAGUGACGAGGACGAUCGCUGUUAAGGAUGAGUGAGAGACGGGGGGGGGGGGGGGGGGGGCACAGCAAGGCAGAGGACAGUGCCAGGACAAAGGACCAUCCCCAGAAAAAGGAAACACAGGUUUUUAUGGUUUUUCUUUGUGACAAAGUGCAUGGGUAUGUUUGCCAAAGUUUCAAGAGGAAGAGGGACCUGCUGAAGAUGUAGUUUUUCUACAAUAGAAAUUUCACACCCCUAAUAAGCGUUAGAAGUAAAACAUAGUGGAAUUCAAAAUGGUCAAGUGAAUGGUAAUUCCAUUUUUUUUUUCAAUAUGGUCACUAAGUCAUUUGAAAGUUAUAAGCUAGUAAUCAGUAUUAUUCAGUGCUGUUAAGAACUGUACCCAAUGAAUGUUGACGUAGCAGGAUUUUACUCAUCCUAAAUAGCAUGAAUGAGGGAUUCCCCUCCAUCUCAGAGUGGAACGCUGUCGUGAGAGCGAUGUUACAAUGGCUCAUGUGGAACUGUGCUAUGGAAGCAGCCAUACUUGCACCAAAAUAGAUUUUAGGAGGUUUUAGAAGGUUUGCAGCUUCAGAAACCAAACCUAGGAUUGCCUUGCCCUCUAUCUCCUAAGAGGAGUUUCACACUGAUCACAAAUAUUUUUCAAAUAUCUAAGUUCCAAGUUACCUGAUCCCAGGUCUAUUUUCUUAAUAUAUCCUUCAGAAAGAUGCAAGAGUUGAAUAGCUUCUGCUAAACUCAAGCCACAAAUGAACACGACCUGUCAAAACACACAAAGUUCUCUUGAAAAGAACAGCUUAUUAUGAACUCAUGCUAAAAAAAGUUUGGUAAUGGCCAUCAUGAAAGGUUUAGCAUAAAUACAAUGCAAGACCAGGUCUGCUCACUUGCCCACUGCUGAAGGCUGGAUAACAGAGGCUUUGUGGAGUACUGGGAUGACUAGGUCAGGGUCUGCCACAUUGACAUCGGCCUUCAGUGGAAAGAGAUACUGGUCCUCUGUAUAAUAUGUAAACACCCGAACUUGUGUGUUCGUCUACUGGAUACAUAUAAUAGACUUUAAAAAGCCAUGCUCUUUUGUAUAUACAAUAAAAUGUUCCAGGGACAUGUUGAUCUUUGUGCAACAACAAUUCCAAAUAUCUAUCCAUGUAAUGAGAAGAAAUUUUAAAGUGUGCUUUAUUUAACAAGAUUCUCUCUUUAUUUCUUUAGAAGUUUUUUAUGUUAUGUGACAAGUAAUAUUACAUGCAGUCACAACAGUUAUGUCACUGUAACCCUAAAUAUAAGUGACCCAACAAACUGCUGCAAAGAACAACUAUUAGGGUAGGUGAUGUUCUUGAGUCUACAUGCUGCCUUCACAAGAGCUGUCCUGAAGCACCCCAACUUGUAAAAGUACCACAGAGUAUGGAACAGACUCAGAGACAUUUUCCUGUUUCCAUAUCCAGCUGUUCCUUUCAUCACAGUGCCAGAGGUCAAAAGGAAGUAGCUUGUCGUAGCUUUUAAAAAUAUUGAGUUGUUAGCAAUACUUCAGUUUUUACUUCAGCAUUUAAGUUCGGUUAUCUCAGUUAUUGCAGCCAUACAUUUGGAUGGCUAAAUCAAUGUAAAGUCGCUUUUCCUCAAAGGAUCUGAAAUACAUUAUUCCCAAUACUAAGUGAACCAUUACCAUAUCUUUAGAGACCACCUACAUAACACAUUUAUCUUUCCAAACAGCUCUGAUGUAUAACAACACUGUAAAAUUAGUGGGUUUCUUCACAUGAAAAUUCCGACUGCAUUUUAUGUCUAAAUGCAAUUUGACAUUUCGAUGUUUGGGUCACUGGUUUGGGAUAACAGCUCUAUAAAUGCAGGUGAGAGAAGAUACCCGUAAAGUAAUGUAAGGCUUCCGCAGAUAUAAUUUAUUCAAUGUAGGUUACAAAUGUCUGAGAUUUAUCUUGUGGCCCUCAAAAUAAGCUCCUCCCUCAAAAUAUUUUGUAGCUUGAAUAAUUUAAUGUUUGUUAACACAUAUAUGCUAUUUAUGGUUUUUAUAUACUAAAAUAUGACUCUAAACUAUUUUUAAAUGCUCCUGUUUUGUCUAUCAGUAAUGUCCAUAGUACCAUAUGCAUAUGGUGACAGAAUUGGCCCCUAAGUCUUUGUGACCAUGAAAAUAUUUUCAACAUGUAAUGGGUUACCCUGGCAAUGGUUUCAUCUGAAAGUCAAUUAAAUGAACAAAGAGCUUACUUAAUAUGCUCAGUCUUUACCUUCAUGAAGCAGAAUGCUUCUCCACCCAAAAGCCUUCCUGACGUACGUUAUGAUGUCACCAACCUCUGUGUAAACAGUGUGUCAACACAGUCAGCUAAGCUAGUAUUCUUUUCUACGGGGACAUCUGUCACAUGGAGAGAAAAUGAAAACCAAAUUUAGGUGCUGAAAUCUUUUCAGACAUUUAUUUUUUAACAUUAAUUGAAUAUAUUUUGUAUAUGAGUUAUAUUUGAAAUGUUUAAUGGAAAGACAUUUCAUUGACUCAAUAUCCAAGAACAUACAAAAUAAAUAGACAAAGAAAUAAUUAUAUGGUAUUGAAAUUUUAAAAGAAAAGCCAACAUUUUGUCACUUGAAUAUACAUUAUAUCCCAAAAAGCAAAUAUAUAUUAAGUAAUGUGGCGUACUUUGUUUUUGUGGAUGUUUCUAAAAUGUUUGAAUUAGAAGUAUUUGGUAAAUGUUUUAUAUGAGGUCACAGUUUUGUGAACGGUUUUAUGUUGCACCUGACUCUGGUUUGAACAAGCUUACCCGUAUCAUUUAUUCCACUGUUUAUAUUCCAAAAUAGAUGCCUGUCUAUAUCUUUGACAAAAAUAAAUGACACUUUGUUUUGUGAAGGAAACAUGUUUUACAUUUCUCUGUGUAAAGAGCCUAUCAAAAUUAUUACUGUUCUUUAAUAAAAUGACACCUGAGCUUUGGAAAAA